AUGGCUUUGGGGGUAAAUGGUGGAAUAGGGUCUUGUCCUAUGGGGUUGGGGUUCGGUAUUGGGGUCAGGUGGAGAGGCGGAGGUAUUAGGGGAGGGGUUUCGAGAGAUGAUAGGUUGAGGGUAGGAUCGUGGAACAUAGAGACCCUUCAGGGUAAGUCGAUGGAGUUGGUUAAGAUCCUUAGGAAGAGAAGGAUCAAUGUUGUGUGUGUCCAGGAGACUAAGUGGGUAGGUUCUAAGGCUAGGGAUGUGGAAGAGUACAGGUUGUGGUAUUCAGGUAGUGAGAGGUGUAGGAAUAAUGUAGGUAUAUUAGUGGAUGAAGAGCUUAGAGAGCAGGUAGUGGAGGUUAAUAGGGUUAGCGAUAAGGUGAUGACUAUUAAGUUAGUCAUUGGGGGGUUCAUGGUGAACAUCUGUAGUGCUUAUACGCCAUAUGUGGGCUUAGACGAGGAGGAGAAGAGGAGAUUUUGGGAGGUUUUGGAUGAGGUGGUUAGUAGCGUGCCUAGCUCGAAGAAUAUUUUCAUAGGAGGGGACUUCAAUGGGCACAUCGGGGCUUUACCGGUAGGAUAUGGGGAGGUGCAUGGAGGCUUGUCUUUGAGGACAGGAAUGAUGCAGGAGCUGCUCUUUUGA